CAUAUUACGCACGGGCAUGGAGAGCAGCGCCUGGGAGGGACUCUUUCCUUUUUUCUUUUUUUAUCCACAUGUGGAAAAGGAAUAACUGUUGCGCUCGUCUGUCUCUCUCCCUGCCCGGGGCCUUUCUGGGGCAGCUCAAAUCUGCGCUUGCGGGGCGAAACUUGCACCCCCACCCCGACCCCCCCACGCCCCCCAGACUUACUUCUACCGGAAAAUUAAAGCUCGAGUAUUAGAGUGGCAGCCUGCAGACGUUUUCGCCGGAGUUCACAUUAGUUGCAAUAAUGUUAGGAAGCGGGAAGUCACCGGCCACCAGACCCAGAGAGGAGAGGAGGACGAUGGACCCCAGCAGGAGGCUCGGGCUUGACAAUGAGGACAUACGCGUGAUGAUGCACGGCUCCAACAUGGUGAAAGUUCGCUCCUCGAGGUGGCAGAAGAGCCGAAACCUGCGGCUGCUGGAGGACGGACUCACCGUGUGGUGCGAGUCCACCAAGAGCUCCCGCAAAGCCAAAGCCCAGCAGACGUUCGCAGUGACAGAAGUGGAGUGCAUCCGUGAAGGCUGCCAGUCGGAAGCGCUGAGGCGUCUGUGCGGGUCGGUGCAGGAGAACCAGUGCUUCACAGUGGUGUUCAGGGGGGCCAGGAAGAGCCUGGACCUGGUGUGCCCCUCUGAGAAGGAAGCUCGGUGCUGGGUGCGAGGCCUGCGCACUUUAAAAGAGUACGUGGCCAACAUGACUCAGAAGGAAAAACUGGACCAUUGGAUCCGAGGCUACCUGAGGAGGGCGGAUCAGAACCAGGACGGCAAAAUGAGCUACGAUGAGGUCAAACGGCUCCUCCAGAUGAUCAACAUCGACCUGAGUGAGCAGUACGCUCGCUCCUUAUUCAAGAGGUGUGACCGAUCCGGUGAUAGUCGUCUGGAUCACAUCGAGAUUGAGGAGUUCUGCAGGGAGCUGCUGCGACGGCCCGAGCUGGAUUCCGUGUUCAGACAUUAUUCUAGUAAUGGCUGUGUGCUCGCCACUGCUGAGCUGCGCGACUUCCUGGGAGACCAAGGAGAAGACGCCUCACUGACUCACGCUCAGAGUCUCAUACUCACCUAUGAGCUGAAUGAAUGGGCCCAGAAGAACCAGUUCAUGACCCAGAAUGGUUUCACCAUGUACAUGCUGUCGCUGGAGAACGAUGUGCUUAACCCCGACCAUGCCAGGGUCUAUCAGGACAUGAGCCGCCCUUUGACCCACUACUUCAUCUCGUCAUCGCACAACACUUACCUUACCAAGGACCAAGUUACUAGUGCCAGCAGCACGGAGCCAUACAUCAGGGCUCUGAAUCAGGGCUGCCGCUGUGUGGAGCUGGACUGCUGGGAUGGAGAUAAAGGUGAACCUGUCAUCUACCACGGCCACACCCUCACCUCCAAAGUGCCUUUCAAGGUGGUCAUUGAAACCAUCGCCCAGUAUGCCUUCAAGGCGUCCCCAUACCCUCUGAUCCUGUCCAUGGAAAACCACUGUUCAGUGGAGCAGCAGGCCGUCAUGGCCAAACACCUCCGCACCAUCCUGGGCAGCAAACUUCUCACCAAGCCCCUCAGUGAUCAGUCACUGAAGGAUCUGCCUUCCCCUGAGGAGCUGAAGGGGCGCAUUCUGAUAAAAGGAAAGAAGCAGAUUCCUCUCCUGAGCCAGCUCGGCAAGAAUGGCAGCUGUGCAAGCUUCUCCUCGAGCUCUGAGGACGAGCAAGCAAGCAGCAACAAGAACACGCCCAAGAAGGAUCCUACAAAGGUGUAUUCUAAACUGAGCCCAGAGCUGUCAGACCUGGUGGUGUAUUGCAGAAGUGUCCCCUUCCGUGGGUUUGAAAAUCUAUCUGAAAAAUCUCCAAAUGAAAUGUCCUCCUUCUCUGAAAGUGAUGCCCUCAGGCUCAUCAAAGACUCAGGAAAGCUUUUUGUGAGACACAACAGCAGACAGCUGAGCCGGAUCUACCCCUCUGGCCAGCGCCUCCAAUCAUCCAACUAUGAUCCUCAGGAAAUGUGGAACGGUGGCUGCCAGAUGGUGGCUCUGAACUUCCAGACUCCCGGGGAGCAGAUGGACCUGAACCAGGGUCGUUUCCUUCCCAAUGGUCGCUGUGGAUACGUGCUCAAACCGAGCUUCCUGUGCAGCCCCACGUCCAACUUCAACCCAGAGAACACAGGAGGAGGCCCCGGUCACAUCCCCACCCAGCUGACCAUACGAAUAAUAUCUGCACAGCAGCUGCCAAAAAUCAACACGGAGAAGGCUAGCUCCAUUGUAGACCCUCAAGUGUGUGUGGAAAUUCACGGGGUGUCUAUUGAUAAUGCAAAAGGCAAAACACAGCGCAUUGACAACAACGGCUUUAACCCACGAUGGGACUGCACUCUGAGCUUCCAGCUGCAGGUCCCUGACCUGGCCCUGGUGCGGUUUGUCGUGGAGGACCAUGAUCACACUGCCAAAAAUGACUUUGUAGGACAGUUCACUCUACCUUUCACGAGCCUGCGAACAGGUUAUCGACAUGUUCAUUUGUUGAAGGCAGACGGCUCCAGUCUGUCCCCCGCCACGCUCUUCAUCCAUGUCAAAGUUACCCGCAGAGGAGUUCCCAUCAAAACUGUGUCCGAACGUAUGGCCAUCGCCAAAGGCAAGGCCUGAUGUGCAUCUGAUGGAAAACUGCACUUUCUGACAGCAAGGAGCUUUGGAAAAGGAGCUUUGAAAGAGAAGCUGCUGCUGCUGCCAGCCUGUCUCCCAGUCCGGACCUCAAGUAGUUCAAUUUACACUUGUCCGCUUCCCAGUGCAGGAAGAAAGAUGUCGCUUAUCAGAGAUGAAGAAGCAUGCUGCUUUUUAGCAAAUGAAUUGGCUCAGGCUGGAAGUGAAUCCAUGAUCCACUGUGGGAGCAUUUGGUCUUGAAGAUUGUGGUUCCUGAAAGACACUGAUAUGGGAUUUGUUAGAAAACUGAUCUUAAUGUUAACUCUCACAUGUAGAUUAUCCCAUAGUCUGUCAAACAGAGUGAAGAUAUGUUAUUUCAUCCUUUUAUAUUUUUGAUUUUAAAAUAUUUUUAACAUUUUUACACUAAAGUAAUCUGGCUAAAAACAAAUUAUGAUAGUUUAACAAAUUCACUGACUUAACUGAAGCCUCAGAGGUGAAAUAAGUGGGAACCCAAGCAUGACUGACUGUGAUUAUGAAAAUGAAUUAUUGUUAUUUUUUUAAAUUGUCUUAAUUGUGAUGUACCACAGUUGAAUAAUUUUUCAGUGAUUGUAACCAGCAGUAUUAUUCAUGAAGUAUGAACAAAAUGAAAGGUUUUAUCAGUCUUAACUGAUACUGCAGAUACUUUCAGCACUUUUAAUUUCUCUCUGGAGAAAGAUUUUACUUUCAGAGACAAGUGACAGUAUAUUUCCACCUCUCAGACAUAAACUUGAAAUAUAAACAGUAUUUACUUACAGACAGAUGUUUACUAAUGCUCUUACCUUAACAAGGUUGGUCGGUUUAGGCUUCUUGACAAUCCCGCACAGUUGUUUUUGUUACUGAAUCUUGUACUUUUAUUCAGAUCUAAAAAAAAAAGGUGGUUGAAGACCAACUGCAACAAUUUAAUAAAAAAAACCCAGUUAAUCACUUAAUAAAAUAGUGCAGUAAUGAAAUGUUGUGGACUUACUGUAAUUACAGUAUAUAUGAGCCGGAUGUGUUUUGGUAGCAUGUAACAAAGCGUGAGUCAAGUUAAACUUUGCAGUCCUGAAGCUUGCAGCCUGUGAAGUGCAGUGGGUUUAUGUGCACAAGAGAAAAUACUGUUUCACACAAGCAUUAAUAACACAUUGGUGUGUGAGCCUUUUGUUGUUUUUGCAUAUGCUAUCACAUUAGAGAAAAUAAAACGUGUUGCUCAGGAAUAUGUAUGUGGAGGGAUAUGUCCACAUUUAGUUCGCCCUCUGGACAGCAGCAAAUAUUCAGCUUUAUCAGGGCUAUGAUGCUUUUCAUUCAAGGAAUCAAAGGCUUUUGAUGGACUUGCAUUGACACCCUUCAUCCUGUAUGUUUGUGCAUUCUCAAAGUCACAAAUCACAAACUAAGUGUAAGUUGUAAAUAAUAGCUGUACUGAUGAUCAAUAAAUUAUAUACUAAUGCUUUAAUUAUCAAGAACAGUCCAUA